AUGUAUGUCAUGCACAUGAUCAAGCCUGCAUUCUGUGAAGAGGGGUGCAGAUAUGGUGGAACUUGUGUAGCCCCUAACAAAUGUGUCUGCCCUUCUGGAUUCACAGGAAGUCAUUGUGAGAAAGGGUGGUACCACUGUGAGUGCAGAAGCGGUUUCCAUGACAAUGGAAGCUAUUCUCUUUCCGGGGAGUCCUGUGUUGAUAUCGAUGAGUGUGCCUUAAAGACCCACACCUGUUGGAAUGAUUCAGCCUGUGUGAACCUGGCAGGAGGGUUUGAUUGCCUUUGUCCGUCUGGACCAUCUUGCACUGGAGACUGUCCCCAUGAAGGCGGCUUCAAGCGGAACGGGCAGGUGUGGACCCUGAGGGAGGACAGAUGCUCCGUUUGUUCCUGCAAGGACGGGAGGAUCUUCUGCCGGAGGACAGCCUGCGACUGCGAGAACCCCAGCGCCGACCUCUUCUGCUGCCCGGAGUGCGACACCCGCGUCACCAGCCAGUGCCUCGACCAAACUGGGCACAAGCUCUACCGCAGCGGGGACAACUGGACCUACAGCUGUCAGCAGUGCCGCUGCCUGGAAGGAGAGGUGGAUUGCUGGCCUCUUUUGUGCCCGAAUCUAAACUGCGAGUACACAGCCAUCUCAGAAGGAGAGUGCUGUCCCCACUGUGUUAGUGACCCCUGCCUGGCUGACAACAUCACCUACGACAUCAGGAGAACCUGUCUAGAUGGCUAUGGCAUCACGAGACUUAGCGGCGCUGUAUGGACGAUGGUGGGAUCUCCUUGUACGACCUGCAAAUGCAAGAAUGGGAACGUCUGCUGCUCGGUGGAUUUAGAGUGUCUCAACAAUAACUGACGGGGUCAGACUGGACUGUACCGGGAGAGGAAAACCCAUGAAGUGAACACCUGAAACGAAGUCAUACGCGUUGGCGUUUUAUACAACAGACAAUGACCAAAGUCUCCGCAUGAGGAAGAUGUUUGGGAGUUGCCUUUGGGACCUAUCACUAUGCUCAUCCUUGCUAGCCUUGUCUGGGUGACUUACAGUACAGCGCAUAGAAGUCAAUGGUUGUUAAAAGUUUUCAGUGUUGUAAAUUACACACUUUUCCUGUCAAGACAUUUGCUAAUAUGUUUAAAUUCUUUCAUGGGUAAACUAAUGCUGUAUUUUUGUUUUAAUUUGUGUAUUGACAACAUGAUAGAAUUCAGCUCUUCUUCCUUUGGAUCUAGAUUUUACAAACAAGACAGCCUGUUGUGAUUUUGUCCCAUGAUAUCACAUACUUAGUUCCAGGGUCCCUGUCGGAUGUAUUUAUGAAAAUAUGUAUGUAUGUACAGUCAAAUUGCAUAGUACUUAUAUUUCACAGCUGUCCAAUGUUUUAAAGCAUUCAAAGGUAUAUUUGAUUGGACAGAAUGGAAGUGAUCCAAAUAAGUCUGUCUUAAAAAUUUAUAAAGUUAAAUGCCAUGAACUUAGUGAAAUGGCAAAAAAAAAAAGCACUUUCUUCUCCAAACAAGCGGAGCAGGAGCAAGACUCCUCUAGUGAAAAAUGGAACUAAAACCACAUUCCACCUUGAAUUCAACACCUAUUCAGGAAACAAUCACCAGUCAUUCCCAGUAUUAUUCUGUCUUGCAAGAGCAACUGCAACUGCUGGAAAAGCGUAUAAUCCCUCUGGGUUAAAAACAGUCAGAGAGCCUUAAGAUGAUAGAGUUUAAAUUGAAGAGGUUAGAAUUUGCUUUCAAUUGUAACAUCAUUGAUGAGUUCAGAAUGUUUCCUUUUUUGUAUUUACAGUAAUAAAGAUGCCUGCCAUUCUGUUACUGCUGCCAUAAUGACAAAGGGCAGAAGCACCUGUACCAGUGACAUGCGGGACAGGAGACCUUAACGCUUGGUAACUUUCACUACCCAAUGUAGAGCUUAGAAACAGAGUUACUCUUUUCAUAAUUUAUGGCAUUAAAAAAUAUUUAGUUUUAAAUUUACCAUGCGCAGUGUUGUUUAGUACCUAAGUUUAGACAGAAAUACAAAUUAAAACUCUUAGCCCUGUGUUGAGGUUAGAGUUUAGAUUCUUUUCAGCUGAUGUCUGUUCCUUUCAUGAGGCUGGAAAGUGUGUGGCAUUAGAACAGGAAUAUAUUUCUACGAUGAUGGCAUCUACAGCUUAAAUGUCACCUCUUGAACGUGCUGUUGUGUUUUGUUCUGCUCAUUUGUGUAGUGUUUUUUUGCUUUUUGUUUAUUUAAUUAAGCACUGAGCAUAUGGAAAAGAGUGCAGAAAUAAGUAUAGUGGCUACAGUUUGGGAAGUAUCCAUUUGUGAGUUUUUCAUAGGUUCAUGCAGAAAAUGUGAAACUGAUGAAUAAGAAUGAAGUGUGACUAUACAGUGAAAAAAUGAGUUGUCUUUUAAAUGAAGUACUCUUAUGUUUCUUAUAAGGGGAAAGUGGCAAAAUGAUAUAAAAAUUAAUUGUGGUCAUUCAGAGAACUUUAUUUCCAUUUUUUAAACAGGAUUUGUUUUAUCUAACAGAUUUGUGUGGUAAAGUUAAAUUUAUUUUCUUAAAAUGCCCCAUCAUUUUCAGCUCCUAAUGUAUUGACUAUAUUUGCAUUGCCCUGAUGAUUGUAUAAUAAGGGAAACAGUUGUGUUUUAUAUGAUACUCAAAGGAUGUUUGUAAAUCAUACUGUCGGCUCAUUUUGUAGAUCACCUUGUAAAACCCAAUGGUAAUUCAGUUGGAUGAGAUAUCCAGUGGGCUGAGAUAUAAAGGGGAAUGAUUUAAAACUUGUGGGCAUCUAAAUAAACUCCGAUGUACAGAUUGCUUUCCCUUAGUUUUAUUAGCAGAGUUUUAAAACACUAAUCACUGUCCUUUUCAGACUUGAACUGGUGAUGUUGCUAAGAGGAGAGAGUGUUUGCCCAGAGAUGUAGCCUCAGAGUUGUAAGAAAUAAUUCAUUUAUACUCACUCGAACAGAAACAUGUAUUCCAGUCUGUCAUAUACGCCAGUUUUGGAAGCGAUGUGGAUGGGAUUGAAGACAGUGCAGGGUCUGAAAAGCCACCUUUUCCCCUUUACCUUGUAGCAAUGAAGCCCUUUCCGGGGAGGUUUUCUGGAAGCUCCAACCUUUGGUAGGAUCACAUUCAGCAGGAGCACAGAAGUUCAUGUUUUCCCACUGCACAGACCCGUUUUCUUCCAGAACUCAAAUGCAGAUCAGUUCAGUAAAACCCUUUCAGAACGUUUUAUACAGCAUUAUGUGUCAUUAUCUCCAGAGUGAUACAGCUUGAACUGUUUACACAAAGUCAAAAUAUUGACACAGACCUGUUUGUUUAUGUUGCAUUUUAAGCAGUUACCCUGACUGUGAUGAACUUUUCCUUAGGAAGCAAUUUGAUCACUAGUCCCAUCACAUUUACCUUCAGAGCACUCAGAAGCCCCAGCCCCAGCUCAAAGAGCCCAUUGAGGAGGAAAAUAUAAGUCCCUGUGUUCCUCUGUGACCAAGGUAAGAAUUUUCAGAACCCUUUUGUUGAUGAAAUUCCCUAUAAGCCUAUGGGCACUACAGUGAAAAUGCUGAAAAAAAUAAUGAAUUUAUUAGAAUAAUUUCUGAAAAAUCUCCUCUUUGUUAGUGUGAUGGACCUUCUCUCUGCUCAGGAGGUAAGAACAAUAGUAUUUAUGUGAGGAGGGCUACUAGUGUAACUUCUGUGAAAAGAAAUUUGAUGCUAGUUAAGGGACCGGGUCGAAGCUCACACUAUAGCAGCUGGAAUUUUUUAGCUCUUUCUACUUAUUUAUUCUGUAAACAAAUAUUUUCUUUGCAUGUAACACUUCGGAUGACAAAAAAUAAAUGAGUGAGAAACAGAAAAUGAAAA